UAGAGGUAGUAACAAUGUAUAUUCUUUGGGUGUUCUUAGCCAGCAUGAAGCCUUGAUCUUGGAAGGAAAAGGAUUUUAUAGAAUGACCCAAAUCUCAAUUUGGGGCCAGCGAGAAUAUAUAUAAGUGGGCAAUCAGCUCAGGCCGAAGAGAGGGAGAGAUCAAAGGCGGACUAUUUCCAUCCAAUUUCACGUUCUAACCGUCUCUCUUCUUCUGAUCACAAACACUAAUGCUUGCCUUCUUCUUAUUGGAUUAGGGUUUUCUCUGCUAUCUCUUUUCUAUCUCUAUCCGUAUAUAUAAAAGCUACGGCACCUUGUUCUUGAAUUUUAAGUCAUGGCUAAGAAAACGCCGCGGGGGAAGAAGAGAGCCAAACCACGUCAAGUCGAUCUUAUACCUAAGCAUUCGCAGCAGCGGAGAAGCCCCGGCAGACAAAAACGUCGAACCGACUUCUCUCCCUUCUUUUGUUUUUUCUCUAGCUCAACACUCUCCGAUGCUUCUCGCCGUGGAGGUUUAUUAGUGGAUGCGUCCAAUGGAGAUGGACUAAGAAGUGCUAUUGGAGCUGGUUAUGGCGAAAAUGGAGAGAAUAGGAACCAGUUGCUUGAAACACAAGGAAUCUCGUCGAGUAAUGAAUUUCCAGUUGAUCAUGAAAGAGCUCGCCACAAUGCAGUCAAUGGCAGGAAUAUGUAUGGACAGACACAGAAUAUGGUUGAUAAAGUGAAGCUCACCAAUGCAAAGUCUAAAGAGAGUAAUGCUUCCUGCACUGUUCCGGGAAGCUUGAUAUGGGCCAAAAAUUCCCACCAGCAAUGGUGGCCUGCUAAGGUCCUGGAAGAAAGAUCUUCUUCAGUUGAUUCUGAGGGCCAAGGUCUUAAUGGAUAUGUUCUGGUGCAGUAUUAUGGGAACAAUGAGAGUGCUUGGGUUGAUCCAACCACAGAUGUUUCUCUAUUUGACUCAUUUUUUGAAGAGAGGAGUUGUAAUCCAGUGAAAGAGUUUCAAGAUGCCUUGCAACAAGCUUUGCAGCAGAGAAGAAUCCUAAAUUCUGGAAAACAGUCAGGCAGAAGAACCCCAACAAAACAAGACUCCUUAUCUCAGCCUAGUGAAUCACCUGACAACAGACUUGAUUCAAGAUCAAGCAGAACCGAAAGUGAUGCUCCAGACAGGAGGAGAGGAAAGAGGGAGAGAAAACCAAGAGUUCAUUUUGAUGAGGAGUGUUUACCAGUAAAAUCAACAAAGGUGUGCCGUAGGAUCAAGAUAAUGCGGUUUCUUGGCCUUGCAGCGCCAAUCGGUUCCCCCUUUACAACAUUACCUUCAAUGUGAAGAAAACUUAAUAAAUUGCUAAAUUAUGUGCCUUGAUUAUUCUUUCUUUCUUUUCAUUUGAUUUUCUCAAACGGCUAAGUACUGUUUUUAAUGCAAUUACUGCAACUAGAGUAAACUUUUGGAGAAAUGAAACUGUAAAGAAUAAACUGCUUUUUGUUUCUUAAUAACAUGAGAGUGAACUAAUUCAUGUUUUA